AUUCCCGACUACCUCAAAUGCAACACCCGUAGCACAACACUGCUAGCUCACAGCUAGCUUUAGCAGUUGAUGUUGUGGGUUUAUCCGCCAGAAUUCUCAUAGUAAAUGAACGAAUAAGCUCAUUUAAGACAACCCCAAAUUUGUGAUUACAAAUGGACAAUUUUGUGGUGCGACUACCGACGGAAGAGAAGCCUAAAAAGUCGAGGAGCAACGAGAAAGUUUACAAGCAAACAACCAUAGAAUCGCUACGGAGGGUGGUCGUCAUUGAGGACAUUGUGCGCUGCAAGUCCACGUUGGAGCUGCCAGGACAGAGCAGGAACAACAUGCUGAGUGCCCUGACUGAGCUGAGCAAAAAGAUGCCAUCCAGGGAAGUGCUCAAGAGCACUAAAAUAGGUCACACUGUCAACAAACUGCGGAAGCAUCCGGACCCGGAGGUGAGCGCAGCGGCCGCCAAGGUUUACACAGACUGGAGGACAUUCAUCGAGGAGAAUUCCAAUAAGCCGUCCAUCGAGGUGCGCUCCGACAAGCAAUCCGAGGGGCUCAGGAGCAACGCCAGAAGGCUCAUGGCAGAGGCCUUGGAGGUCAAGGAGGACACGGGACUCGUGGACAACAUAGAGCGAGAGGUGUUUCACCAGAGUGGCAGAUUAGUCAGCGGUUCCUACAGGAGGACGAUCAGAGCGCUGGUGUUCGCUUUCAGGCACCAACCCGAGCUCAGAGCUCACACGAAGAAGAACAGUUCCUCAGUUGGCCGGCUGGUGUCCAAAUAUAAGAAAUAGCCUGCAAUCGAUGCAAAGCUCAUACUUGAAAUGCAACCUAGCUAUUAUUUUUUAUUCAGUGUAAAUAUGUCGUUCAUUCUCAUUGGUCCCCCUGCUUCCUUUUUUUUAUUGCUGAUUGCUGUUCUUGUUUUUAUACUGGAAAGAAAAUGUGAAUUAAAAUCCUCAUGGGUGACUUCAUUAGGUA